AUGCGUAUUUAUUUUAUUUUGUACACAAUCUGCUAUGCUCAGACCUGCCCCGACUGCAGAGGAGAUGGGAGUGAUACGUCCCUAUUACAAGUAGACUCAAGGCCGCCUCCAGACGCUCCUGGUAUCAUUAUUUGGUCCUAUGGACGAAGCGCCACUGGCUCCUUGAAGAGAUCGUUGAUAUCAGCCACAGGCUAUACGUACUGCCGAAACAUGGGCGAACCUUUUGCUGAUCGUGCGCCUAAUAUCCAGUCUCUUCAACGCUGUAUGCGAAAGGGGCAACUGCUUUUGAUGAUCAAGCCACAACACUUGUUUGAACAUGGAGGUGCUUUGCAACGACCACAAGACUUCUUUCAAGCGGCUUUUCAGGCUGGCUUUCGCAUUGUUGUUGGAAGCUUCCGGGAGAACCAACUGGCGAGGGAUUUGUCUUCCUUUGAGUUGAAGACUCGACAGGACAGGCGGAAACUCCCCGACUAUGUCAUUGACCCUAAUAGCACCGCUGUCAAGAGAUGUUUACACUAUCCUGGUAUUGUUCGUUAUUAUGAGGAGCUUCGUACAAACUACAGCCUCGGUUUGGAAGCUGCCUACAACCUUGGGUACACCAUUGUACCUUUUUCAUUCCAAGAUUUGAUCAGAGACACAUGCAAGGGUGUCAGACGUACAAUAAAAGCACUGCGGUCACUAAAAGUCUCACAGAGUUUCAAAGACUGUAGUGCUGUAGCUACUCAUAUCAGUCCUCCCCACGCCAAUCAGACAGUUGACUCUGCCACUAACGCAGAAGUGGCAUCCAUUAUUCGAGCUGAACUCUUGGGAACGCCUUACCAGUGGAUGUUGGAUCUUGAUGCAACAGAUUGGCCACCUGGAAUAGAGCCGCAGAAGCCGGUCCCUACAUGGCAUAUGCACGAGUUGAUUUCCAAGGAGGGCAAUACUUUUAUGCGCCUUCCAAACGAUGCUGGGAAACGCAGCUUGUAA